UGCCAUAAUGGAUCCUCCUUCGGGCUUUGUGAGCUCUUGGUAUCCAACUGUAGUAGCAGCCCCAAGGAGCCUCCUGUCCCCCAAGGGCGAGCAUUUCCGGGCCGCCCAACAGUGCGAUCGCGUCUACAGCCGCUGCCGGCGCCCAGCUAAGAGCCGCCCCUCCCGCUGCGUGGCCGCCAGUCCCCAGUCGCUCCCCAAAAUGCCAGUGGAUUUCACCGGGUACUGGAAGAUGCACAGCAACGAGAAUUUCGAGGAGUACCUCCGGGCGCUGGAUGUCAAUGUGGCCUUGCGCAAAAUCGCCAACUUGCUGAAGCCAGACAAAGAGAUAGAGCAGGAUGGUGACCAUAUGAUCAUCCGCACCCUGAGCACUUUCAGGAACUACAUCAUGAACUUCGAGGUUGGGAAAGAGUUUGAGGAGGAUCUCACGGGCAUAGAUGACCGCAAGUGCAUGACCACGGUGAGCUGGGAUGGUGACAAGCUCCAGUGUGUGCAGAAGGGUGAGAAGGAGGGGCGCGGCUGGACCCAGUGGAUCGAGGGUGACGAGCUGCACCUGGAGAUGAGAGUACAGGGUGUCGUCUGCAAGCAAGUGUUCAAGAAGGUGCACUGAGGCCCAGGCAGAUGACCUUGAUGUGGAGGAACAAGUAACAUAGACCUGGGCCAGUAUCCCCUCUGCACAGCGUGGGGCAGAAAUGUCUAGCCAUGCCCAUCAUCCGUUAGCAGAGUCUCUCUUUGCCUUUGCCUCUUUUCCCUUUUCUUAAAAUGAAGCCGUCCCAAUAAAGGUAAUCUCUGUACAAGACAUCUAUUUUGCAGAAGUUUCACACUCCACUUCGUUCUCCAGUACCUCUGAGGCCAUCUUUUCCUGAUGCCACCACCUGCAGAUUUAAUCCCUAGGUUGCUCGUGGCAUGUCUUUCUGCAGGGGCACAGAUGAGGCUCUGGGGUGCAUAGGUACUGAUAUUCAGUCAUCUAUAUACUACGUACCUUUCACAUUACAUGUCCAAAAGGCCAAAUUGGCACAUUACAGUGCCAAAGUGUAGUGCAUGCCACAGAAUCAGGUGAAGACACCUGCUUCCUGAGACUGGGAGCCGAGAUAAGGAGGUCUGGGCAACAGAGAAUGGCUUCAUAACUGUGCCACACACAAGGAGAUGCUCCACCAUCAUUUGUGAGUGAAAUGGAGUUGGACAGGAUUUUUGGCACAAAGCUAUAAUGAAAUGACCCUUAAUCAAAACCAAUUACCUAUUGGAUUUGAUUUCCAACAUGUCGAAAACACAUUACUUCAUCCCAAGACCAUCAUGACCCCUUCUACAGGCUGAUGUGAAGCCUUUCUCUCCAUUGUUCUAGAUAGAACAAGGAGAGCAGUUUUCUGUUCACACUAAAGUGUAAAUGACUGCUAGCUGUGCCUUGGAAUAAAGAAACAUGGGAAAAUGGAAAACAAUCAGAAAAGGGAAGACUCCCAAGGAAGACCUAAUAAUCGGCCUGGCUGUGUUCUAAUCUUUAAAAGUAGUACCUAGAUAGGAUUCACAGGAGCUGAGUUCAAAUCCCAACUUCACUCACGGAGCAAUAUCACACCCAUCUGGAGCUUGCUUCUCUAGCCAGAAAGACACAAUGAUAACUUGCCUCACCUCCUACACAGGUGCCUAUAUGGUUUAGAUCUAGAAUGCCUCAUGAAAGCCUCAUGUGUUCAAAGGUGGGGCUUUUGGAAAGUGACUGGAUCCUGAAGGUGCUAACCCACUGAUGUUCUCUUGGCUGAAUGUGCCCUUAGAAAGUGGAGCCCAGUCGGAAGAGCUGGACCACUGGGGCUACGACCUGGAAAUGUGUAUCUCUCCUCCCUUCUUAUCUGUCCCCUGGUUGGCAUAAUGUGAGCAGCUUUCCUCUGCUAGACUCUCCCACCAUGGCCUUCCUACCUUGGAGCUGGCUGACCAUGAACUGAAUCCUCUAAAAA